CAUGCCAAAGCGCAGGGCCUGAAAGCAGCUGUGAUUUCUCUUUGCAGGAGUUGCUGGCAGUGUUUGUGGAAGGAAGUAGCGGGCGGAGUCCCUUCACCAGGAGAAGCCUGGAUCCAAGCUGUAGGAGAGAAGCAGCGUGGAAUCUGUUAACAUGUCUGAUGCCCUGGCUAAUGCCACAUGCCAGCGCUGUCAGGCCCGUUUUGAUCCAUCUGAAAGGAUUGUGAAUAGCAACGGGGAGCUGUAUCAUGAGAAUUGUUUCGUCUGUGCCCAGUGCUUCCGGCAGUUCCCAGAUGGACUCUUCUAUGAGUACGAAGGUCGAAAAUAUUGUGAACAUGACUUCCAAAUGCUGUUUGCUCCCUGCUGUGGGACAUGUGGUGAAUUCAUUAUUGGCCGUGUCAUCAAAGCAAUGAACAACAACUGGCACCCGGAGUGCUUCCGUUGUGAACUGUGUGAUGUGGUUCUUGCUGACCUGGGCUUUGUGAAGAAUGCCGGGAGGCACCUGUGCAGACCCUGUCACAAUCGGGAGAAAGCCAAGGGCCUGGGCAAGUACAUCUGCCAGAAGUGUCACCUGAUUAUUGAUGAGCAGCCCUUGAUGUUCAAGAAUGACUCUUACCAUCCAGACCACUUCAACUGUACCCACUGUGGGAAAGAACUGACUGCGGAGGCCAGAGAGCUGAAAGGGGAACUUUACUGUCUGCCCUGCCAUGACAAGAUGGGGAUUCCCAUUUGUGGAGCUUGCCGGAGGCCCAUUGAAGGCCGAGUGGUCAAUGCCCUAGGAAAGCAAUGGCAUGUGGAGCAUUUUGUCUGUGCCAAAUGUGAGAAACCAUUCCUGGGUCACCGUCACUAUGAGAAGAAGGGCCUGGCAUACUGUGAGACACAUUACAACCAGCUCUUCGGGGACGUCUGCUACAACUGCAGCCACGUGAUCGAGGGAGAUGUGGUAUCAGCUCUCAAUAAGGCCUGGUGUGUGAACUGCUUCUCCUGCUCCACCUGCAAUAUUAAACUCACCCUGAAGAACAAAUUUGUGGAGUUUGACAUGAAGCCUGUCUGCAAGAAAUGCUAUGAAAAAUUUCCUCUCGAGCUAAAGAAAAGGCUGAAGAAGCUGUCUGAAUUGGCCUCCCGGAAAGCCCACCCCAAGUCUGUGGACUCCAAUUCUUUCUGAAAAACCUCUGCUGGGAUUGUGUCCUCACCAUUGCCAUGCUGACCUCUUCUUCCCUGUGCUCUUCCUUUCAUCUUCCUUUUCUCCUCUUUCUACUUCUCUGCUUCCUCCCUUCUUCCCCCUUUUCCUCCAUGGUUGUUGUCUUCUUGGUAUCUCUUGAAUCACUGACUGGGGCUCUGAAAUCCUAAGAGCACUCGCUACAGUAAAACCUGUUGAGAGUUGAAGAAAUAGAGGAAGAGAGAGGAUCUAGGAGGUAGAUGAGACCUGUAUACCCAUUCCAAUAGCCCACAGCUGGUUUGCUGCUCUCACCACUAUAAUAAGUCUCUGGCAUUCCCCAA